GCUUUAGGGGGUGGGUGGGCGUACACGCAGAGCUGCGGUGAGCAGACGCCCCGGUGUAGUUGGGGGAGGUGCUUCCGGUGUCGUCUGAGGCGAACGGCUCAAGUGUUCACUCGCGGCUUUGGCCCGACUCCUUCGUUUAACUGUGAGCGUGGACGCCCGAAGAGAACCUUUCAGCCUCGGGGGCCCCCGCAGAUUCUAGACGGGACCUUGUCGUUUUCCUUAAGGACGGAGAAGCUGGGGGGCGGCAGGCCGGGCCGCUUGCCUGGCGGUCAGGAGGCCUUGAGGCGCAGCUAGGAGGCUGGCCGUGUCAGUGCACCCUUCGCUCUUCCUCGGCGAUCUCGAUGUUUGAAUGGGGAGACGGGAACAUGUGACUGAGAUGCCCUAUAGUGAAAUUGAAGCUAAGUUUUUGGGACCUGGAAAAGAACUAACAAGGGAACCAUGCUCUAAAAAAUUGAAGUCAGCUGCAGAUGAUUGUGUUUUGUCCCAUCGAGGUGGUCCUGAAAGUCACAGACUCCAAGAGAAAACCAGAAAUAAUAGGAUCCCUGUGGCCACCAUUAACUUCAGAAGGCGAAUUUGUCCUGAGGAAGACAAAACCAGAACUACAGAUGUGUUGAAGCCUUUGUACAAGGAGAUGCCUGGUGAUAAACUAGGUGGUGUUGAAUCCAUUGGUUCGAAAGCUUUGCAGGAUGGAAAGCCUUCAUCACUCUCCAAGGAUGACGAAAUCUAUAGCACAAGUAAAGCAUUCAUAGGCCCCAUUUACAAACCCCCUGAAAAAAAGAAAUGCCGAGAAAGGAAGCAUGAGACGGACAGUUUCAGUAGUGUAGAUGACAAAAGAAGACGAGAAGAAAAACAGAAAUUUAUCUCCAAAAAAUUGGAGAUUGACACGGAAUUAUCCCAGUUUUACAAAGAAAUUGAAGAGCUGGAAAAUGAAAAUGAUGCUUCACAAGGCAGUUGUAAGGUACCAGAGCCUUCCCCGGAACAAACUAUUCCUUAUGACCAGGCCUAUGGUACCUUAAAGUCAGAGGAAGAGAGUAAAGACCUCAGUGACGCUCUUCAGUCACAUUGUGGUUACCAGCAGUACUUGGAGAAUGAACCAGGCAGACAUCCCUGUGAUGAACAAGUGAUGCCUCCGUUUUGUGAUACUUCAUUCUCUUCCUUCGGGCCUGAAUGGCAGUCAGUACAUCCUUUUGUCAUACCCCAUGGUCCUCCUCUUCCCAGUUUUAAUUAUCAUUUUAAUAUUCCAAGAUUCAAUGGCCCACUAAAUCCACCACCAAAUAUUUUCCAUGGGCAAGAUGACUCUCAGAUGCAGAACGGGUGUUACGUAGAUAGUUAUCAGGAUAGCUGGAACUGUUUAACUUUUGAUCAGAACGAUGAGUAUGCUCAUUAUGGUGUGACUAGCAGUACUGUUCAGCCCUUCAGAAAUGGCUACAGUGUGCAGGAGGAAAGUGUGAGGGAUGGUUUCUGUGAAAUCAGAGAGUGCUGGAGAGAGCCUCUUCUGGGAGAGCGCAAUGGAGCAGACAGGUUGGUGAGCCAGUGGUUUCCAGAGGAGAAGCUAAACAAACUGCAGAAAUUACUUAUUCUUCUGCGAGGCCUCCCUGGGUCUGGAAAAACAACAUUGUCUCGAAUUCUGCUUGGUCAGAGUCGCGAUGGCAUCGUGUUCAGCACUGAUGACUAUUUUCAUCAUCAAGAUGGGUACAGGUACAAUGUUAAUCAACUUGGUGAUGCCCAUGACUGGAACCAGAGCAGAGCAAAACAAGCUAUUGAUCAGGGGAGAUCUCCAGUUAUAAUAGACAACACUAAUACACAAGCCUGGGAAAUGAAACCAUAUGUGGAAAUGGCCAUAGGAAAAGGAUACAGAGUAGAGUUUCAUGAACCGGAAACUUGGUGGAAGUUUGAUCCUGAAGAAUUAGAAAAGAGGAAUAAACAUGGUGUGUCUCGGAAGAAGAUUGCUCAGAUGUUGGAUCGUUAUGAAUUUCAAAUGUCCAUCUCUAUUGUGAUGAAUUCAGUGGAACCACCACAGAAAAGCAUACAAAGACCCCUCCCUCUCCCGGGGGAGCCGAGAGGGAGAGUUUUGAAGAAAAGUGGGUACAGGUUUGACAAACCCAAACAGAAGAGAAACAGAAAAGGAAAGAAAAGGAACAGCAGUUUCAGUGGGAACUCCCCUGCAGCCUUAGGUCACCUUGCACCAGGAGGUCAGGGCCCGUCUCAGAGUGAGGGGGAAGGUUUCCAGGAGACCAAGAGGGACCCGGGACAUCGCUUUGCUGGCGGCCUGCAGAAUGAAGCAGCAGCGGAUUGUGUAGAUGGCUCUGAAGAGCAGAGCUGGAGAGACAGGGAGAACUCUAACAGUUUCCAAAAUGUUGUGUCUGCAGUUGAGUUGGACCACACACCUAAGAACUGCUUCCCCGAGGAGGAAGAGGAGGGGGAGGAGGAGGGGGAGGGCCUGUUUCUAACUUUACCAUCGGCACCAAGUGAAGGUUCUGCCUGUCGUCACACAAGCACUCAGCAUCGUCCUUGUGUAGUGAAGGAUGGCCGCGCGGACGUGAGGGCGGAAAGCCAGGUGAGAAAUAGACGUAACUCAGCCGUAGACACGCAGGACACAGUUGCUAAAACUCCACGUCCAUUUAUGCCGAAGACAGAAACGGCAGGUCAGAGUUGCCCUGAUGAGUUUGCUCCACAUCGUCAGAGUGGAACCCGAAUGUCGGAGGAAAUGUUACGCGAGGAGCAUGGAGUUAGAAGCGAUCACUGGGCUUUUUUUACAGUUUGUUUGUUUGAUGAAGAAUUAGAGAGAAAGUCUGAGAGUCAGCCAUAUUUUGGUGGUUGGCCCCAGGGACCCCAUAAGUUUGUGUGUGAACAGAGACCCAAGAAAGACAGAUCUCGGAGACUGACCCGUCCUGACAGUGAGGAACAGUGCAUUAAGUUGAUUUCCACUCCUGAAGGAGCAACAGGCUCGGGAAGCGGCCCAGAAACGCCAAUGAAGAAGCAACCAGGAGAUUUGUCCCCUAAAGCUGAAAUGGUGGAUUUACCCAGAAACCCAGAAACAGAUAUCUCCGGCACCCGUGACCCCCAUCCCAACUCCCCAGAGCACCCCUUAGAACCAACAAAGGGUAUACAAGGGGUGCAGAGGAGGAUUUGCAAUUUGUUACCAAACUUUAAGUUACUGGGACAGACUCCUAUCAACCCAGAAACAAAGGAGAAAUGUGACCUCUUAACAGAAAAUCAUGGGCUGAACACUUUUUUAUCAGGGGAAGAUAUUUCCAAAAUAAUCAAUAAAGACGAGACAAAGCCAAAAAUGAUGGUCUUUGACUGUCAUCUGCCACGGUUUUACCUUGACUCUCCUCCAAGUAUUGUCCAGCAGUCUCGCUCCUACCGUCUGUCAUUUAACAGAGUAGGGUGUGCUGUGUAUGUUUACAAAAACCCUGUUCCUUCUCUCUUGCUACAUUAUCUGUCUAGCUUUUGCGUGCUAUCUUUUAACGACAGAAGAGCACUUUUGACAUUCGAGUCUCAGGAAAGCCUGGCUAGGACACUAGCCGACGGAGGGUUUAUUCCCUCGGACGAACUAAGUGGCCAGCCUGCUGCUCAUUGCUCUUUGCGGAUUUCCUCCGAUACUCAGUUUUUAAACGAGAGGCUGGAUGAAGAGCUGAAGACAUGCGGAGCCUGGGAGCCGGUGCACUGCUUGGCAGCUGAGGACAGCCAGGACUUAAUAAGCAGGACCCGUCGGAGCUGUGGGCCAUUAUCACAGAGCUGCUUGCCUUCCACCCAGCCAAACGUGGAUCUCGCAGAGUCCCAAUAGAAAAGGCGGCAGAAGAAUCUUGGUAAAAUUGAAAAUCCUGUGAGCUGUAAGUACUUCUUGUUGCAGAGACCUCAAUAUGGUCAGGAGGAAAUGAGUGUUGACAUCGCCUGGUUGUAAUAGCGCAGAUGUACUGCAGUUGAAGAGUUGUUACCAUAGCAACCCUGUCUGCUAUUGCGUGUUCAAUGCUUCUCCACAAUCGCACAUCUUUCUGUGAACUACAACAAAGCUUGGAUUGUUGCUCCCAAGAUUUGUUCCCCAUUUCAUUAGUUAGAAUGCAUUUCCGAGCAUCCUGUCGACAGUGUGUGAGAUCCCACACACAUGCCACUGGUAUGUGACCAGAGCCAGGAGUUAGGGCUGUAGGUGAUGCGUAAAUAUUGUACAUUAGCAGAUGCUCUAAGGAAAGAGAUAGCACAGAUAGACACUUGUGUCACAUGCUGUACUUGACAUCGAGAGUGACAUUGAAACAAGCAUGUGACGCUCUCCUUGGAAUCGACGUUAUGAAGUAAAUACAUCUGCUGGGACUGUCAGCGUGUGCAUGUCUGUGCCCAAUAAGAAUGGAUCGCACGUGUGUUUGGCAUGGCUUCUCUUCAUUAAUGCAUUUCUAAGGGUAAUCUGUUUGAUCUCAGUGAGAAAUGCGUGUGCUCAGUAGAAACGGUUUCCUUUUCGCCUGCUUCUGCUGGAAGACAGCAGUGUGCUCAGGAGGAAUGGAGAGAUCUGGAGAGACCUGGAGUAGGAGAAGACUGCUAACAGACUGUGCAGACUCGAGAAAGGGAUCAGACUUCUGUAUUGUUCCUCGGUGGACUGCUUUGCCUCUCAUUAGACAUGGUUCCACAUAUUAAGAGGAAAGCAGUAAGACCCUCCCAGCCCUCCCGUGCUUUGUAUGACAGAUCACAAUUCAGGAAUGUUCUCCCUCAGCUGUGUGAGGUGGUCCUAGCGUGGCUCAGGAGGUCCCUGUGCAGGUAACGUGCAGCGAGCUCGGCUGAGUCUCUCUCCAUGCUGGACGUGAAUAUCUGUGUUGAGGACAUGCUGUGUAUGUUCUUUCCGUUUUAAAGUCACCGCCCCUGCUCCAGCGCUCUUCAUGGCUCUGGCCUUCCCACCAACAGCCUGGUUCCGAUCCUUUUUUUUUUUAAAGAUUUAUUUAUUUAUUAUGUAUACAGAAGAGGGCGCCAGAUCUCAUUACAGAUGGUUGUGAGCCACCAUGUGGGUGCUGGGAAUUGAACUCAGGACCUCUGGAAGAGCAGUUGGUGCUCUUAACCUCUGAGCCAUCUCUCCAGCCCACCCCGAUUCUUUUUUUUUUUUUAAGAUUUAUUUAUUUAUUAUGUAUACAGUGUCCUGCAUGUAUCCCUGCAGGCCAGAGAGGGCACCAGAUCUCAUUACAGAUGGUUGUGAGCCACUAUGUGGGUGCUGGGAAUUGAACUCAGGACCUCUGGAAGAGCAGCCUGUGCUCCUAACCUCUGAGCCAUCUCUCCAGCCCUUGUUCUAAUUCUUCAUCUCAUCUCACCUGAGCACUCCCCGAGGCCUGUAACGACGUGUGUAACUACAAAAGAGCCUUCCCUUUUGGUUUGUCAGAAUGUGCUGACAAAUGGAAAUGUCGGAAGAGGCAGGUAGGAGGGGACCAGCCGCUGGGCUGUAAAGUCGCAGGGCUCUCUCUGCCUACUUCACAGCAGUCCUUUGUAGAGGCUGAGGGAGGCCGAGGGCGUGUUCCCGUGUGCCUGUCCUCCAGCUGCUGCCUGCUUUGUGACCCGAAAAACUUCAUCUCUUUACAGCCUCAGUUGUUUUAUGUGUAAAAGUAAGUUGACAAUCUCACUUUCUAGUGGAGAUUUUAAAAGGGGAUUAAAUGAAGUAAUGUGUGUAAAGUACUUAGAAUGGUGCCUGAAAAGCACUGGGCUCUUAUCACGGGUUCAUCUGCCCGCUCUCAACACCUCCCUGGGCAAAGCCCUCUGGCAAAAUAGACCUCGUGUGAUCCUGGGAGAGGAAAAUAUUGAGCUAGGAAACUUGCUUACAAAUUUGCAUAAAUUCUUGUAAUGCUCAUUAAUAACGUUUGUACUGUGAAGUGCUGUACCUCAGGGACUGAGAACAGGAGGUAGAUGGGAUGGGCAGAAGCAGGCAGAGGGGACUGAAGGGACAGUGGGGAUCCUAGAUGCUAGAAGAGUGACCAGGGUAGCAAAGAGGACCUGGGAACAGACUCUUUCCUGCAGCCUUGUGUCUGGACGUGUCUGGGGGUGUGCUUGUUUGCAGCGGAGAUCUCUGCUUCCUGCCUGCUGCUGCUGACAAUCCUCAUCAAUGAGGAAAGCCAGGAUACCCAGUGCUGACCCUCAGAGGUCCUCGCAGCGAGUGCCUACUGGACGCCAGCACUGGCGUGGAUAAUCACCCCAGGUGUUGCUCUUGAUAAGUUGUGUCAAUUAAAAAAAAAAGGGGGGGCAUAACAGUUGGGACACUGCACGGCCUGAUGCCACAAAUUUUGUCACAGCCUAAUUUGGCAGAGGAAAAUGAGGCACAGAAAACUCUUGAGUUACUCCAAGAUCAGGAUGGUAGCCUAUAUGCAAGCACUGGACUGUGGCCACAACCCUAGAAUUCUGAAAUCCCAAAGGACUCUAAAAUCCAAAUGUCAUUUUGUUUAUCCAAUCUUUAAAAAUGGUGAAAUAGACAAUAAACUGAUUACCUUA